AUGCCUUCCCAACCCCCACUACCGCCCCUCCUCGCUCCAUAUGUAUCAUCUCUGCCGGAUUCAUCUUUGACGCUAGUGUCUUCUAUCCUCGGAGCCACAUCAAACUGGCUGGUCUUAAGGUUCUUGCAUGCCGCCCUCAGCUCUCAAUCAGCCUCCGCGUUUGGCGCAGAUGAAUCGCAAAAUGGCAUCAAAAAGAAGGUGGUACUAGUGAGCUUUAUGCGCAGUUACGAGUUUUGGAAGACCGAGGCAAAAAGACUGGGCCUCGACCUUGCACGUCUAGCAGACAAACAUGAAUUUGCAUUUGUAGAUGGUUUGUCUGAAUUAUUCUAUGCACCACAAGCCACUGCUGCUCCAAUGAGCUCGCCAGGUGGCCCGGCAGGCAAUCCACGCACAACGUUGCCAAUGAGAUCUGCACCUGGUGCUGUGCCAGGAAGAGUACCUCAACCGAGGGCGCCGGUAGCCAACCCAGCAGGCAAUCCGGCCACAAAGCAGACGGAGUCCGGCAUCGCAAAGAAGCUCCAUUUCACAGGCCGCGGACUGGCUUCACUCGAUGCAAUGGAGCAGGAUGUUGCCUCCGUGAUUGAACAGCAAAAGGCCCAGAUGGAGGAAGGCGAUGAGCUAGUCCUCAUCCUUGACCAGCCUGACCUGCUUCUCGCUACGACGGGUCCCAGUAUGGGAAUCGGAGCCACAGAGAUGGCAGAGUGGAUUACAGGGCUGCAGCAGCAUGCGCAUGCUACGAUUCUUACCUUGGCUACGGAUGCUCCUUUGAUUCAUAAUGCAGCGAGUUCCGGAGGGCAAUUGGCUACGCCGAUAGAGACGGAACAUGCGGCGCUUGCUAUUGGGUUGGCGCAUCGGGCUAGGUCGGUAAUGCAGCUCCGCACUCUGGAGACCGGGGCCGCCAAAGAUGUGAGUGGGGUACUCAGGAUCAGCCGGGGCGGCGGAUUGAGCACGAGUGACGACAAUCUGGAGGAGCGAGAGGCGCUGUACUACAUCCAGCGCGAUGGUGGAGUCACAGUCUUCGGUCGUGGGGAGUCAUGA